UAUAAUGGUCAAAGCUUCUCAUUUGAUUGUGGCGUUUUUCGCCCACAUAUCCGUUGUUUUUGCAAAUCAUGCCGACACCGAGCACACUUGGGUAAAUGUUGGCCCGGGCCUCCCUUAUCCAAGGAAUGUCGUCGAGGGAGGCUUCUGGACAAAUGGGACCCAUGGAUAUUCCGUUUUUGUAGCCCGCCUUAAUUUUUUUGAAGAGGGGUUUUGUCCCGCCUAUGUGCGAUUAGACUUACUCCAUAUCUUCUUCAACACCCCGAGUAAUUCUUAUACGGGCGUUAAUUUGAAUCAUGACUUAUUGGUGUCCACAGAUGAGUUCGAAUAUAAGUGGGUAAAUAGUCACAGUGCCCUACAUGAUAUGGGUGUUGUUGCCGCUGGAACAUCAGCCACAUAUGAUCUAAAGUUUAUCUGCCGGGCAUUUACGCCCAAGGGCUUGAUUCCUGGUAACCUCGAUAUGUUUCGAAAUGGUUGCGCAGUUAACGGCGAGGGCCUAGUUUUUUCAGUUUACGACAAAUACCAGGUUCUGGUGGGGGUAAGAAAGAGUGGAUCUGGGGCUUGAGACCCAUUAGGGCUUACAUUACUCGAAAUCGAAAAAUCCCUCUAUUUUAACUAAAUCUUCUACCAACAUAAACGAUGUAAAAACUCAAACUUGCAAAAGUCCAAAGGUCCAAAUAAACGUAUUUUUUGAUGAAUAAUAACGUUAUCUUUAUCA